CCACCAGGCCAAGUACGGGUCAUGGAGCCACGCGCGGGGGGCGCCACGGACCCUAAGGGGAGCAGAGGAGCAAGCAGCGCGCCGACCUGGGACGAGGGGAAGAUGGCGGACGCCAAAGAUGGUGUUUUGUGGCCUGCGGGAGCCUCCAGUGCCCCAAUUUCAUUCACCUUCAGUCGCACGUCCGCCCGGAGAUGGCUGGCGGGAGACGCGGCUCCGGAGAAGGAUUUCUUGAAGACCGAGAAACGGAGGGAGCUGCAGAGUGUGCAGCCCUCAGAAGCCCCCAAGGAACUUGUCAUCCCUUUGAUCCAGCAUGGCCACCUCAGGCAGCCACCGACCCAGGCCCCUGGGCCAUCCACACAUACUGAGGUCUUGGUGGAUGGGAUGCUGUCCCAGGCUGUGAAGGAGCUCAUUGAGGAAUCCACGAAGUCUCUGGAGGAGAGAGAGAAUGCGGGUGUCGACCCCACGCUCGCUAUCCCCAUGAUCCAGAAAGGAUGCACCCCCAUCGGGGAAGGGGCAGACAGCGAACCCCGGGCUGAGACAGUGCCGGAGGAGGCUGAUUAUGAGGCAGUCCCUGUAGAGGCCUAUGGGCUGGCCAUGCUGCGGGGCAUGGGCUGGAAACCUGGCGAGGGCAUCGGCCGUACCUUCAAUCAAGUGGUGAAGCCCCGUGUCAACUCACUGAGGCCCAAGGGGUUAGGGCUGGGCGCCAACAUGACUGAGUUCCAGGCCCUGGCCCCCACCGGCCCCCACCACCUGCUGAGGCCAGAUGAGGAGCAAGAGAAGGAUAAGGAAGACCAGCCUCAAGGACUGGUGCCUGGAGGAGCUGUGGUGGUUCUUUCUGGCCCUCACCGAGGCCUCUAUGGGAAGGUGGAAGGCCUCGACCCUGACAAUGCUCGGGCCAUGGUCCGUCUGGCUGUGGGGAGCCGCGUGGUGACUGUUAGUGAGUACUGCCUGCGGCCUGUCUCCCAGCAGGAGUUUGACAAGAACUCCUUGGAUCUGAGCCAGGUGAGCAAAACUUCCCCAAGGCAACAGAAUGGAACAGCCUCGUCAUGGAAGGCCCUUCAGGAUCAGGACCUCCACGUCCGGCAGGAGGACUCAGCGAGGAAGCGGAAACACCAUCCAGACGGGUGGGACCCUGAGCAUCUCAGAUGGAGACAGGAUGAGCCUGCAGCCAAGAGUGAGAAAGCAGCUCCCAGGAGUCAGCACUGGCUGCACAGGGACCUGCGUGUGCGGUUUGUGGACAAGCUGCACAAGGGUGGCCAGUAUUACAACACCAAGAUGACAGUCGAAGAUGUCCUGAGCCCAGAUACCUGUGUGUGUCGGACAGAUGAAGGCCAGGUCCUGGAAGGCCUGAGGGAAGACAUGCUGGAGACCCUGGUCCCUAAGGUCCAGGGCAACCGGGUGAUGGUGGUGCUGGGGCCAUGGGCUGGAAGGGUGGGCCGUCUGCUGGACCGGGACAGAGAGCAGAGCCGGGCUCUUGUGCAGCUGCAGAGAGAGAAUCAGGUGGUGGAGCUUCACUAUGAUGCCAUCUGCCAGUACAUGGGCCCCAGCGACUCGGAGGACUGACCUGUGGACACACUCCCAUCCCCCAGUACGCAGGCCUCUCACUGUUGUGGCCUCUCCUGUUGUGGAGCAGAGGCUUCAGACGCGCAGGCUUAGCGACCAUGGCUUACGAGCCCAGCCACUCCGCGGCAUGUGGGAUCUUCCCGGACCGGGGCACGAACCCGUGUCCCCUCCAUCGGCAGGCGGACUCUCAACCACUACGCCACCAGGAAGCCCCUAACUUUGGGUUUUGUUUGUUCUUCUUUCUCCAGUUCCUUUAGUUGUAAGGUUAGAUUGUUUAUUUGAGAUUUUUCUUGUUUCUUGAGGUAGGCUUGUAUAGCUAUAAACUUCCCUCUUAGAACUGCUUUUGCUGCAUCCCGUAGGUUUUGGAUUGUCGUGUUUUCAUUGUCAUUUGUCUCUAGGUAUUUUUCGAUUUCCUCUUUGAUUUCUUCAGUGAUCUCUUGGUUAUUUAGUAACGUAUUGUUUAGCCUCCAUGUGUUUCUGUUUUUUACGUUUUUUUCCCUGUAAUUCAUUUCUAAUCUCAUAGGGUUGUGGUCAGAAAAGAUGCUUGAUAUGAUUUCAAUUUUCUUAAAUUUACUGAGGCUUGAUUUGUGACCCAAGAUGUGAUCUAUCCUGGAGGAUGUUCCGUGUGCACUUGAGAAGAAAAUGUAAUCUGCUGUUUUUGGAUGGAAUGUACUAUAAAUAUCAAUUAAAUCUAUUUGGUCUAUUGUGUCA